UAAACUUCCAACUUACUGAAGGCCUGAGAAGCUUUAUUUGUCAAUCCAUUGUUAGAUUCGAUAGGCGAGACUCUAUCAAUUUGUAUUCGAGCAGUAAAAAUUUGGAGCGCCUUGUAAAAGGCUUUUACAAGAAAUGGAGUCGAGCCGCAAGAAAAAAACAAUUUUCAUAAAAGAAACUAUUAACUCUGCAUAUUUUGACAAUGUUGAUGGUAAAUGGCAUGUUAAGGCGAUGAACGUCGAGAAAAAUGUCGCUGAAUAUUAUGUUGCUAGGAUUCUUGUUGUUGCAACUGGAGAAAAUAGUGAAGGUUUUGUUCCAAUAAUUGAAGGAUUAGAUGAUUUUGGUGGAAUGAUUAUGCAUUCUAGUGACUAUGGAAAUGGAAAGAGUUUUGAGGAGAAAGAAGUUUUAGUUGUCGGUUGUGGAAAUUCAGGCAUGGAAAUUGCCUAUGAUUUGUCUAACUGGGGUGCUCGGACCUCCAUUAUUGUUCAUAAACCUGUACACGUUCUCACGAAGAAAAUGGUCCACAUAGGAAUGCUUUUAUUGAAAUAUAUUCCUUGUGAUACAGUGGAUAAAAUGAUGAUAAUGUUAAGCAAAUUGACAUAUGGAGAUCUCUCUAUCUUUGGGAUAAAUAGCCCUAACAAGGGUCCUUUUUAUCUUAAGAAUGCUAGUGGUAGAUCUCCUGUUAUUGAUGUUGGAACAGUGGAUAAAAUCAAAGAAGGAAAAAUCAAGGUUUUACCUUCGAUCAAGAAAAUAAAGAAAAGUUAUGUUGAAUUUACUGAUGGUAAGAGGAAAAGGUUUGAUGCCUUGAUUUUUGCGACUGGGUACAAAAGCACAGUUAUGAAAUGGCUCAAGGAUGAUGGUGUGCUAUUCAAUGAAAAUGGGAUGCCAAAAAAAAGAAGUCCUUAUCACUGGAAAGGAGAGAAGGGUAUUUAUUGUGUAGGAUUUGCAAGUGCUGGAUUAUUUGGAAUUUCAUCUGAUGCCAAGAAUAUUGCUGAAGAUAUCGACAGGAUUUUGAUGCACAUUUGAUGCACGUCGGUGGUGAGAUGGAUCUUAGCCAAGAUUACUGCUGAAGAUAUCGAUAGGAUUUUGAUGCACAUUUGAUGUGCGUCGUGGUGAGAUGAAUGAGACCCCUCCAUCUUUUAAUUAAAUAUUUUAGGUUCGAGUUUUGAGUAUGGAGCACUUUCAAUUUUAAUGGAUCAUACGAGGCGUGACUCCAAUUAGGUGGGUCGAUAGUUUUCGAAUAUCGGAUGUAUUUGGGAAAAACUAUAUUAAUAUUACAAUGUUUUUUGUCUCUCUUUGCAUAAUAUAAAUUGUUCUUGCAGUUGUAGCAAA